GAUGGAUCGCUGACGUGGAGACCAGCUCAUCGCAUCCAACGGUCCACAGAGGAGGGCAUAAGCUCUGCGCGGCACUCAGCAGAUAUGAAUUAAGAAAACAUGAAUCCUUUGCCCUGUCAGAUAGGAAGAUGCUUCGGACACGCAGUGUGGAUCCGCCAUUUACGUGACCUGUCAGGCGCUACAAGCAUCUCUCCCCCGGUCCACAUCUGGAGCAGCGAGUCAGCUCAAAAGAAUUGCCGUCUCACCUAAAUUAUCUUCUGUCUCCUGCCGGAUUAGACACCCCACAGCUUUGUCUGACGUUUCCUGUGCCACGGAUUGAAUUCCUCCCAUGACUUGUGCGGCUCGGGGUUGAAAAGGGGGAAAAGAAAGAGCAACGACAGCAGGAUGCACAAUAUCCGUUUGUUGUUGAUGCAGCCUUUUAGCGUGUCAGUAAUUACAUGCGACUAUGAAACGGGGGAUCACCGUGAAAAUCUAAUGGAGUAACAAUGGAAGCACCUUUGCUGGGUCGACAUAAUGGAUAGAAGAUAGACAAAAGAAGUCCCGGACGUAACAACAUGGUCAUCACUGACAGGAGCAACAGCACCUCUGUGCCUAAAAAGGAGCCCAAGAAGAAGAAGUCUCGUCCUCAUGGCCUUCCCUCUCCGGCGCUCUGCUGUGCCUGUGGACUCUGCAUCAUGUUGGCAGGACUCAACAUCACCCUGGUGGGAGCAUUCGCCUUCAGCACACUGGUGCCUUCUGCCAACCCUCCGAUCAUAAUCGGACCCGUCCUGCUGCUGGUGGCCUUCUCCUUCUUUGGCGCCUGCUGCGUGUGCAGCCGUCUCCCUCCCCCGAGCAACUCUCGAGGCUCUCAGGUGGGCGGCAGGGGGGUGGGAUUGAUGGGACACGGCGGGCUGGCCGGUGGUGCGGCGUUUGAAAUAGAGACCAGCGAGCACACGCUGCAGGACACCACAGCUGUGCAGCUGAGCCCCACAUCCUCUGUUGGAUCAUCCAGAGCCUCCAGUCCGGAACGAGAGGCCCCUGGUGUGACCAUACAGGGACCUUGCAAGCUCUUCACCAUGGAGACCAAUGGCCCCUCCUGCACUUCUGCCAUGGCAACGUACUCAGCUUCUGCAGCAGCGGGCGGGGAGGUGAGGCUCAACCUGCCACGAGAAGAAGUGGUCACCUAGCAAAGCAGAAACACCUUUAUAAAAUCCAGAGCUCUAGUUGUGUACAUACGCUUCUGAGUUUGGUUGCUGGGACUGUGUCCUCUUGUUUACGUAAUGCGAUAUAAAUUUGUGAAGAGUGUGGUUUUGAUUUCUCUUUCUGUGCAACAUGUCGUUAGCAUGCAAUGUUGAACACACAUCAGCGUACUUGUGAAUUGAAGCUUUUGGAAUUCCAAAUUCCUACCUCUUUUGUGCUGUUCCCUUAUAAAUUUGCUUAAAUCCAGGGCAUUAUGGACAAUUUCAAUGCAGAAAUGAAGAGGAACACAUUUGUUUCUCUGCACCUGUGGUGACUGCUGACCUCGACCAUCGGCGGAGAUUUCAGAAGGUUUGAGAGAAAACUUGGAUCACAUUUUUAACCUGAAAUUACAUGUGAAAGGUCAGAAGCUGUUCUUGACAUGGGCAAAAUCUGGCAUUUGCUGAAUUGCUGAGCUCAUUUUAGGGACAUACGAUUUUAUAGGUCAAAGGGGACUCAAAGCAACAUUUUCCGAACAGAGACUAAUUUCUAAUCACAAGACCUUUAGCAAGUAUAUUUGCAGUAUAUUAACUCAGUGUUAAACGGUGCAUAUUGUCAAAUCUUUGGAAGCAUAAUUCUUGUAGCUUUUGUCAUCACAAUAGUUAACACUGGGAAUACUGUGUUUCUCUUCAUUAUCCAAACCUUGUGAUAAUGUUUAUUUGUUGUUAAACUUAUCGUGGGGCUCGAUUUAGACUUGUGUGAACACAUGAAGUUCACUUCACCGUAUUUACGACAUUGCAAAACCAGGUUUAUUAGAGUAUAAAAGGUGAGAUUACAUCUGCUCCCAAUCACUGUGAUAUCUUCUUAUCAGCCAUAAGUCUGUGUGAUCACAGGAGACGUUAAACAACUGAUCUCCUUUGAAAGGAAAGUUGCCUUAGAUGAAAAUUUCAGGAUCAUUUCAAUGAGGGCUAAUUAAAAUGUGCAAACUGCAGUUUCCCGAGAAAGCCUCUAUGUUGCUCUGGACUCAGAAGAUUUUUUUGUGGUGCAUGCCAAUGGCCUAAAUGUUUCCUUUAAGAUGUGUAUUUGAAGUAGCGGCAGUGUACACACCAUGAAAGCCAACUAGACCAUAAACGACUGCAACAUUGUCUCUCAAAAUGACUUUUUUUCCCCCUGAUAAAGAUCAGUGUCAUACCAAGUUAGAGCACUGAGCUUGUGUUUUUUUGCGCAUGCUCUGGAAAAACAAAAGACUUGAAGAUGCAAAUAUUCUCGUGAAUUGUCGGUGUUUUGUCUGUGGUUUUAUUUUGUGUAGCAUAAGAACCUGCUGAAAAAAAAACUGUAAAGGACGAAACUAUUUUUGUGAGGUUUAUAAUUUAAAAUAACUAUUCCAAAUGUGAAUUGCAUAAAAGAAAUAAACAAAAGAGCUCUUUCAGUAAAAUUCAAGGUAUACAUGUGUGACGUUUCACUGAAAACUCAUUGAGACUGCUCUACUUUUCAUGUGAAAUGAGGUCUAACUGGACUUUUUUUUUUUUACAGCGGAGAAAACAAUUACAAUAUAUCUCAAGAAAUAUAUUACAAAAUUGGCCGGUUGACAUAAAAUUCAUACUAGAUGUUAGUAAUAGCAACUAGUAUGUUGUUGCUUUUUAUGUGUGUAUGAAUCCACAAAUAAAAAGAGAUCUAAUCA